CGCCCAGCUGGGGUGGAAGGCGGGCUUCAGAGCCAUGUCCUACGCUUACCUCUUCAAAUACCUCAUCAUCGGGGACACUGGCAGGCUGCUUGUGGUACAGCCUUCAAAUUAGGUGUGAAGAACCUUCCCCUUCCAGAUGAUUUCCUUCUGCAUUUCAGCUCCACCCGGCAUCACCAAUGGCGUUGGGAAAUCAUGCCUCUUGCUACAGUUCACGGAUAAGCGAUUCACGGCCAUCCAUGACUUGACAGUCGGUGUGGAAUUCGGGUCGCGGAUGGUCAGCAUCGAUGGCAAAAAGAUCAAGCUGCAGAUCUGGGACACGGCUGGCCAGGAAUCCUUCCGCUCCAUCACGCGCUCCUACUACAGGGGGGCCGCCGGCGCCCUGCUGGUCUACGACAUCACCCGGAGGGAAACUUUUAACCACUUGUACUCCUGGCUUGCAGAUGCUCAGCAGCAUACCAGCCCCCACAUGGUCAUCAUGCUGAUUGGCAAUAAAAGUGACAUGGAGAGCCGGCGAGCCGUACAGAAGGAAGAAGGGGAGGCUUUCGCCCGAGAGCAUGGGAUGGUUUUCUUAGAGACCUCAGCCAAGACAGCGGCCAACGUGGAAGAAGCCUUUCUCAGCACGGCUAGAGAGAUCUACCGAAAAAUCGAGCAGGGCCAGCUUGACGUCACCAAAGAGGGAAACGGCAUCAAGAUUGGCCCCCCGCCGCCCUCUGUGGUACGUUCCCAAUCUGCUGUCCGCCAGAAAUCUCAAGGCGCUGGAGACCGCUCAGGCUGCUGCUAAAUUCCCCCCAAAUCGAGCCAACCCGCCUUGCGGCUAGCAAACAAGCAAAGGGCGCCCGUUCUCUUUUUCUUUCAUUUGGUUGAAGGCACCAUCCUGGCAGGAAGGAAUAUUCCAACCCACCCUUCCCAUCGCACUUCUGCCCUCCGGCCGGAGGAUAGGGACCAUCCUGCACUUAGUCCCUGCCCAAGAAUUUCAGCAACAUCUUCAGGUUCUCCCUAGGCGAUAUCUUUGCCCAUUAACGUUCCUCGUGGGAAAGUGUGCUCCCCUCCGCCUGUGCCUCAUUUCAACUGUUUUCCUUCCUUUUCCAAUCUUGGAAACUUUCCAUGUUCUUGAAAACCUGAGGAUCGUCUCAACCAUCUUACCCUAACCUUACAUUUUAAACUACUCGGUGUUGUUUUCCUUCAUACUAAAUGUUUCUAUGUUCAAAUUUCUCUGGUGUGUCUUUAUCGUGAGAGGGGAAGAAAGGAGAGAAUAUAUGACGGGUCUCGAUCCCACAAUCUGUUAUGGCAGAACGUUUUGGGGACAAGGGAUGAUAAAUGUGGCCAUUAGAUUAUUCAGAGGAGCCUGCCUGCCUCGCCAGUGACAGGGCAUGUCUUCAAGACCGCUUGCUUGUCUCGGGCCUGUACAAAGAGGAAGCUGUCCCAUGCUACCUGGGAGGUGUAGUCUCACUGGCUAUUAGGCUCUCUAGCAGGCGCCUCCCAAAGAACUGUACCUCCCAUGAAGAUGUACACGUCCCAGGUAG